AUGGCACAGGGAGAACCGCCGAUUCAAUACAUCCACGUGGCAGGAANGAGGAUACCCAAUCAAGGCAUGAAAAGAAGUCGCUGUGUACAAGCACCGAUAAUUGAAGACUUCACUUACCAUUUACGUGACUGCAGUAUAUACAGCAAACUUGAUUUGAGAUCCGGGUACCAUCAGUUGAGUAUUGAUGAGGAAUCCAGGAAGCUAGCCACAUUCAGCACACCUUGGGGGAACUACCGUCCAAAGCGAUUGAUAUUUGGAGCAAAAAGCUCACAAGACGUGUUUGAUGAGACCAUGUUAAGAAUUUUUGGUGACAUACCUAACUGUUUGAACCAAAGAGACGAUAUUUUAAUCGGAGGGAGAGAUACGAAAGAACACAAUGACACACUUAAAACAGUAUUAAACAGAGCAAGAGAGUUCGGCAUUACAUUCAACUUAGAGAAGUGUGAAUUUGCCCAGGAAGAAAUAUCGUUCUUUGGACAUGUGUUUACAGGCAAGGGACUGAAAGCGGAUCCCAGCAAGGUGAGAGCAGUAAAAGAAUGCAGCCCACCAGAAAAUAAAGCAGAAGUUCGCAGUUUCCUUGGAAUGUGCGGCUACCUAGCCAGCUUUAUAGAGGAUUAUGCGUCUCUGACUGCUCCUUUAAGAGAACUGACGAAGGAAGAUGUGAAAUUCCGUUGGCAAGAUGAGGAAAAAGAAGCCUUUGAGAAAUUAAAACAAGCUAUCGGCAGUAGCAAAACAAUGGCCUUCUACGAACCAGGCAAACCAACAAUUCUGAGAACAGAAGCCAGUUUCAAUGAAGGGUUGUCAGCAGGACUGUUUCAAGAAACAGACAAAGGACUUCAACCCAUUCAGUUCAUAAGCAGAGCAUUAACAGAUACAGAAAAGAAGUAUUCGCAAACUGAAAAGGACGCAUUGGCCAUAAGAUGGGCAAAGAAUAGGAUGAGAAUAUAUCUACAGGGUGCACCAAAGUUCAAGAUCAUCACUGCACACAAACCACUAGUGCCCAUGUUCAACAAAGUGCAAGCAAAAUUGCCGCCGAGAAUAGAGAAAUGGGUAAUGGACUUACAAGAUGUUGAUUAUGAAGUGGUAUACGAGCCAGGGAAGAAUGAAGCAGACCCACUCGAUUAUCUGUCCCGCCAUCCACUGCCACAGACGGGUAGUGAUAGUACAGAGAAGAUGAUCAAAUGGAUGGUCAAAUCUGAAAAUGCAGUGAUUCUUGAUGAGAUAGCAGAAAAAACUCUCACUGACCCAAUUCUUAUCAAACUGGAAGGGAGAAUAUCAAAAGGAGAUUGGAAUCUGUACAGAAAAGAUGAGGACAUUCAACCAUUUUGGCAUAUGAGAGACGAAUUUAGUGUUAUUGAAGGACUCAUUUACAGAAAUGACAGGAUUUUAGUUCCAGAGAAACUUCAGGGAAAAGUUAUCAAACUUGGUCACAAGCUUGGACAUUUAGGGAAAACAAAGACCAAGAGAAUGUUGGGAAGUAAGUACUGGUUCCAAGGGAUGGACAGAAUGAUAGAAGAUAUAUGUGAUCAAUGCUAUGAAUGUAAAGUUGCAACAAAAGAAAAUAAAGAAGAACCAAUCAAACCAACGAAAAUCCCUACAGAACCAUGGCACAACGUGGCUAUGGAUUAUGGGGGACCCUACCCCGAUGGCCAUUAUAACUUGGUACUAGUUGACAAACGAUCAAGAUAUCCAGUAGUAGAGACUGUGAAAUCAACAUCAUUCAGUGACAUAAAGGAACCUCUUACUCACAUAUUUGCGACAUAUGGAACUCCAGUGAUCUUAACAACAGAUAAUGGACCACCAUUUAACAGCACAGAGUUUGCAGAGUUUGCCAAAGAACAAGGUUUCACACACCACAGAGUAACACCUUUACAUCCAAGAGCCAAUGGAGAAGCGGAAGCAUUUAUGAAGAUGAUAAAUAAAACAGAACAGAUUUCCAACUUACAAGGGAAAAAUGCAGUAGAGAGUAGAAUCAGAAUUCAAGAAAUGCUGAUUGCAUACAGAUCUACACCGCAUCAAGCUACAGGAGUAACACCCUAUGAAGCAAUGUGGAACAAACCAGUUAGAACAAGAUUAGAUUUUAAAGAACCAAACAAGACCAGAAAUGAGAGAGAUGAAAUUAUUGACAAAACAGACGAUAAAUACAAACAUAAAUCCAGGAUGAGAGAGAAUGCGAACACUAAGAGAAAUGCACUUAUUACUGGUGAUUAUGUUCUAGUUAAGCAGAACAAAAGAAACAAACUCACAACGCCAUAUGAACCGAUAUUUUACAUUGUCAUGGAAAUACAUGGUUCUCAAGUCACAGCCAGAAGAGUCACAGAUGGAAGAACAAUCUGCAGAGAUGCAAGUCAAUUCAAAUUAUGUAACAGUGUUAUAAACACAGCAGAUGACGUAAUGACAAUUCCAGCAGACUCAUACUUGAAAGAAAGCACAAAUGAGAUGAGAAUACAAGAUGAUGCAUGUGAAUUGCAACUGAGUGAUAAUACAGUGAAAAGUGACUUUGCAGCAAUGGAUACACAGGAUAUUCCAAACUUAGGUGAUAAUUUGAUACAUAAUGAAAAUUCAAAUGAGGAGAAAAUACCACAGCAACAGAAGAACAGGGAUCAUAUUGAUGAACCAAUUAGCACUAGACCAAAGAGAACAAUCAGAAAACCAGAUUACUUAAAAGAUUAUAUAUUGAAGUGA